AUGUCUCAAGAAAACGGAGCAGAUACUGACUGGGAACGCUAUAAGGCGGAGAUUACCCAACUAUACCUCCGUGAAGGGAAGAAAGGAAAACCUCUCCACGUAGUCAAGGCUCACAUGGAAAGGAACAACCAAUAUUAUGCCCAGUUUAAAAAAUGGAAUAUCAAAAAGCGACGAACCGGUGAUGACUGGAAGUUCGUAUUCGGGCGCGUACAAAAACGGAAGCUUGAAGGGUUAGAGAGUGAUGUUUACAUGGAUGGAUCCCUCGUUCCUGAAAAGAAGCUGAGAAAGGAAAUCGCGCGUCACGUUCCUCUCAGCUAUGCGUAUACAUGUGGCUCAGAACCGCAGACCCCUGAAGGCGUCCUAGUCUGCAACCCUGGUGCGAACGAUUUCUCCUUGGAUCAUGGAUGUGAAGUCCUGAAUGAAAUUUCAGUUGGCUCACCUGUUGUUGUCUACUCGGGUGCCUCGCAGGGGUUGACAAGCCUCCCUUGCUUUCAAUUUCAGAAUCUGUUCCACAGUUGGUUUGACUCGAAAAUGCGGCGCGUGUGGGGUUCUCCGACUUCAUUUUUCGGUCUUGACAGUACAUUACUUCCAGACAGGGACCCAGUGGGCUUCAUAUCACCCAGUACGAUUGACUCCGGCGCAAGACCAGUUAAGGUCUUUGAUUUUAUGCCUGAACAGCCGAUACUAGAAGCCAGACAGCUGCUUUUAAAUUGUCUAAAGGAACAUAGCAACUCUGAGCUCACUGCUGAUGAUGCCGAUACUAUCGCAUUAUCUCUAGAAUCUGUUAUGAUUGAACAGGCCAACGGGGACCUUACGCGAGAUGCUUUUGGACGCCGGAGCAAAAUCCUUAAUGGCCUAGAAAGCGGGAACCCUCCACUUCAGGAAUAUGCCAUCAGAAGCAAUCGACCUGAUGUCGUGAAAUUCCUAUUAGAUGCGAGAGCAGACCCCAAUUGCUUUUCUCCACGUGAAACCCCCACACCUUUACAAAUGGCAUGCAUGCUGGAAACUUCAGAGCUGGUGGAGAUGUUAAUUAGUGCUGGUGCGAAGGUGAACGCUGUUUCUCAGGAUGGAACUGACGAAGCCGGCAACUUUGGUGACAACGAGGUCAUUUUUGACUUUGAAUUCGACAGAAUCAUGCUCUCUCAAACGCCACUCCACAUUGCUGCGGACCAUGAAAAUUGGGAAGCAGUACAAGUGCUAUUGAAAGAAGGGGCGGACGUUGACUUAACGAUCCCGAAAUCUUUACUAGAUUCGCUAUUGUACAAGAAAGGUCACUUCGGCAACCCCCCUGUGUUCUCCCCGUUGCAAGCUGCUGUGAGAGCAAAUAAUCUUACCAUGGUAGGUUUGCUUCUGAGUGUGGGUGCCCAUAUCGAUGCAAGGCUACUGAAGGACUACGGCCAUACUGCACUCCAGAUUGCUGUCUUGACUGAGAAUGACGGAUUGGUUCGCGUUUUGUUGCAGAAUGGGGCAGACAUCAAUGCCUCUGCUGGACGGUUGUAUGGCUACACUGCUCUUCAAGCUGCAGCAGAGUACCACAACAACACAGAGCUGUUGACUUUUCUGCUCCAGGAGAAAGCCAAUGUGAAUGCCGGCAACCAAGAAGGCCACACCGCGUUACAGGUUGCAGCAGGGAGGGGCAAUGUGGAGGGAGUCCAAAUCCUCCUUGCAGCAGGCGCAGAUGUUAAUGCGUACCCUUGCCCCAAGGAUGGGAAAACGGCCCUGCAAGCGGCCAUAACCUGUGGUGUCCAGGCUACGGCUCUCGAGAUAGUGAAAAUUUUGCUGAAGAAAAAAGCAGAUGUUAAUGCUGCACCAAGCUACGGUGGCUUUAACGCGCUUCAAUUAGCGGCUAGACAUGGAAACCUGGAGAUCGUUGAGCUCCUCCUUAAUGCCGGCGCCGUUCCUGAUUCUACAGCCCUUUCACAGGCAGUAUUCAGCGGCAGUAUUGCUACAGUAACCGCUUUGCUUUUGAAGGGUGCUGAUCCUAACAAUUUAGCGGCUGUCAACAGUUGCGGAACCUACAGAACCCAAUGGACCCCACUCCAGGAAGCAGCUAGGAUUGGGAAUAUUGACUUAAUUCGGCUACUACUUACCUGCGAAGCCGAUGUUAACGCGCCAGCAUCCUGGGAAGGUGGCCGAACAGCGUUGCAAGCUGCAGCGGAGCACGGAUCAUUGCAAGUGGUAGAGGAACUUAUUGAGGCAGGCGCCAAUAUAAAUGCCUCAGCAGCUUCAACCGACGGGGUGACUGCUCUUGAAGCUGCAGUACGAAAAAAUGAUAGCAAGCUUACCAGAUUUUUACUUGACCACGGCGCCACUCUUGCCAUUGCUGACGAAACGCCAGAAAUGGGGAUUCUCAACAUCGUAACGAAAACAUGGAGCAUUGACGAAUAUUUGGCCGAAAUGCUGAUUAAGGCGGGUGCGGAUGUUAACCCGAGCAUAGGUCACGGCCAGAAACUUGAGGCCGAGGAGGUAGCUGUUUAUGAUGUUGCUAGCAGGGGCAGCUUCAGCCUUAUGCAGAUGCUUUUGAUGCAAGGUGCAAAUGUUAAUAUCCGUUUAAAGAGCCGAUGGGGCCCGGCUACCGCACUUCAAGCAGCAGUUCAAAGGCAACAUGUCGAUAUCAUUCAAGCCCUACUUGAUCGAAGCGCCGACGUCAAUGAGCCCGCGAACACAAAUUCCGGAGGCACUGCCCUACAAUACGCGGUGCUCAGCGGCAACAUUGGCAUCGCUCAACUUCUACUAAAGUACGGCGCAGAUGUCAAUGCCCCGGGGAGCCCUAAAAAUGGAAGGACAGCACUUCAGGCGGCAGCAGGUAAAGGGCACAUAGGGCUCGUAAACCUCCUGCUCCAACACCGUGCCAAUGUCAAUGCCCCAGCCUGUGAAGAUGGUGGAGUUACAGCUCUCCAGGGAGCGGCCACUGCGGGGAAUAUCCGGAUCGUUUUGAUGCUACUGGCGGCGGGCGCUGACGUUGAUGGCGCUCCAGCAAUGGUGAAUGGACGAACAGCUAUUGAGGGAGCAGCUGAGCACGGGCGGUUGGACGCGCUACAUAUCUUGCUGAAUUACCACCCAGACACUGAGGACCUUGGAUUGAAAAAGAAGAGAGCUGCAAGGCUGGCUAUCCAAAACGGCCAUUUUGCCAUUGCCAGGUUGGGGGAUUUGACACGGGAGAUAUUGGCUUUUACUCAGAAAUCUGCCGUCGUUCUUCGAGUACAUGUACUGGAAAAGCAACAUAUUUGGAUCAGCGUAUCAAAUGGGUAUGCCAUUGCGCUUCAGGAAGCAAGAUAUAUGCCUACGUGGGCCAUCAUGAGGAGGCUGAGCCAGGGACGACGGGCGGAUGUUCUGGUUUCCCCCAAUCAAAUGGACUGCGACUCGAAAAUUCGAAGUCAGCCAGAGGGAAAGAGGAAACUAGCUGCAGAGCUGGAGCUAGGCCGGGUUCACACUAGACACGGGACCCUUUGUUUUAAAACACACGCCGUGGUAUAUAUUGCUGUUGCCCGGUGGUACAAUGGUGUGGAUGGCAAACCGGGUUUUAGCAACGACAGCGCUCGAGGUUCCAUUGCCGUGAAGCAAUAA